CCCAGUAGGAUAAUGUCAGGCCCAAAGAUAUGUUUCGUUAUCGGAGGACCAGGGAGCGGCAAGGGUACCCAGUGUGAAAUGUUGGUUCAGAAGUUUGGUGUGGCUCACUUUUCAAGCGGGGAUCUUCUCCGAGCGGAGGUGGCGAGUGGAAGCGAGCGAGGCCAAAACCUCUCUGCUACCAUGGCUGAAGGAAAGCUGGUGAGCAUGGACGUGGUGAUACAGUUACUGAGGGAAGCUGUUGAUAAGAGCUUCGCUGAACAUCCUGAUAAGAUUAUACUCCUUGAUGGUUUCCCUCGGGAGAUCGAGCAGGCCACAAAAUUCGAGGAGAAGAUCUGUGCUGCUACAUACGUCCUCUCAUUCGAGUGCUCCCAAGAAGAGAUGACAAAACGCCUCCUCUCCCGGGCCCUGACAUCUGGUCGUGUGGAUGAUAACAUUGAGACGAUCAAGAAACGUCUUGUUACUUUUGAGACGGCUACAGCACCUGUGCUCGAACAUUACAAGGCUGCAGGACGGUUGGUCAAUGUGUCUGCCGAAGCUGACAAACAAACGAUAUUCGACAAUACCUGCAAAGGACUUGGACUUUGUUGAUUUCUAGUGGACUUUGAAAUUACCCGACUUAUAGGAAAUAGCACUUGCGACUCUUUGAACAUCUAUAAUUAACAUCAAGCUUUGGGAAAGUUAAUGUUGUCACCGAUUAUAUUAUAGUUAUU